GAAAGAAUAAUGACAUCUGAGAAUUUCGAAAAACUUCUGAACACAUUAGUGAGUGUUGUGAUUGAAGAUUAUUCUAUCCAUGGACCAGGAUUAAUUCACUCGUUAAACUGUGAAAACAAAAUCAACACCAUGAUGGCUACAAGGUUUCUAGCCAAACGUCUGCAUCUAUCAUUUAAUUCGAACGGUUCGAGGAUAAUUUUCAAACUUCGUACGGUUCGACAUACGGUUCGAUACUCCACUGUAUCGGAUAAAUUGAAAACCGUUGCUAAUGGACCUGGAUUGAAGGAAUUUUUAAUUGCUGGAAAGAAUUUACCUGCUGUCGAGCUGGAAAACAACUCCGUACCAUAUUUAGCAUCGAGCCAAUAUGACGGAAAUGGUCGCAAAGUAUUCUUCGAAAUAUACGGUUGCCAAAUGAAUUCGAACGACGGCGAAGUUGUUAACUCCGUCCUGAAAUCAGCGAACUAUGUAAAAGUUGACAGCAUUGACCAAGCGGAUGUAGUUCUGCUGGUAACGUGUUCUGUCCGAGAUAAUGCUGAGGCGAAGAUCUGGAACCGUCUAGAGCACAUUACGGCUAUGAAGAAAAAGCGUUCGAAGAAAAGGGGACCAUUUCAAAUUGGCAUUCUUGGAUGCAUGGCUGAGAGACUGAAAACCAAAUUACUGGAAAAGGAGCAGUUGGUAGAUGUUGUUGCCGGACCCGACAGCUACAAAGAUCUUCCCAGAUUGUUAGCCUUGACUAGAAACGGACAGAGUGCUGUCAAUGUCUUACUGUCGUUGGACGAAACAUAUGCUGAUGUUAUGCCGGUACGCUUAAACGAAGGCUCAGUGACUGCAUAUGUAACAAUAAUGAGAGGAUGUGACAACAUGUGUACGUACUGCAUAGUUCCUUUUACAAGAGGCAGAGAACGAUCUAGACCAAUGAGUUCAAUCGAAACCGAAGUAAAACUAUUAGCCGAACAAGGUGUAAAGGAAAUCACACUUUUGGGUCAAAAUGUCAACAGUUACUGCGACCUCAGCUCCGAUCCAGACCGAAUCAAGAAUGCAGAAAUCGUUACAGGUUUUAAAACUGUCUACAAACGUCGAGCGGGUGGUGCCCGUUUCGCCGAACUCUUAGAAACGAUAGCCAGAGCGGUACCGAAUACCCGAAUCCGUUUCACGUCUCCUCAUCCAAAGGAUUUUCCAGCCGAGACUCUUCAAGUCAUCAGAAAUUAUCCGAAUAUUUGUAAGAGCAUCCAUCUACCAGCUCAAUCUGGUAACAGCGCCGUUUUGGAGAGAAUGCGUCGUGGAUAUACUCGAGAAGCAUACUUGGAGCUGGUCAAUAACAUUAGGGAAUCGUUGCCAGGAGUGUCCUUGUCCAGUGAUUUUAUUUGUGGAUUUUGUGGCGAAACAGAUGAAGAAUUUGCGGAUACACUGUCGUUAAUGGAAACCGUUAAAUAUAACGUUGCGUACAUGUUCGCCUACAGUAUGAGAGAGAAAACUACCGCCCAUAGACGUUUUAAAGACGAUGUACCGGAAGAAGUGAAAAACGAACGACUUAAUACGAUGAUCAAAGUAUUCCGGGAAGGAGCAGCCGAAAGAAAUUCGGCAUUCAUUGGCAAAAAUCAACAGAUUUUAAUCGAGGGGAGGAGUAAACGAUCGUCGAACGAUGUGUACGGCAGAAAUGAUGCUAAUAUCAAAGUUAUAAUUCCAUCAAUUGUAAUACCGAAUUCAACUGCAGGAGAAGCUUCAACGAACAGACAUAUUGAAGCUGGUGAUUUGGUUAUGGUGAACGUUACGGAAUCAAAUUCGCAAGUCCUAAAAGGUCAACCGUUGUACCAUUGCCAUGAAUUGAUUUAAGGAAUAAAGACAACGUUUGAUAGUUACACUAGUCAC